AUGGAUAACCUGUGCAAAUAGUAUCUAAUAUUCAAACAAAUUGAUCAAAUUAAUCUCUAAGAGUAUUGUUUCUACUCCUUGGAUAAAGAUAAGCACUUAUCAUUUAUAUAUAUUAAUGAUGGCUCAGCAAAAAUAGAAUGCACAGAAUUCGAAUUGGUUGAAUUAAAUACUCUAUCCUCAAAGAGCUAAGGGUUUCUCACAAGUGUGACUCAGAAGCUCAAAGAAAUGUUAUCAAGGAUAAAGCCUAAAGAUGAGUAAGAGAUAUUAUGUAGUCUUUCAUUAGAUUAGAUAUUUGUACAUAGAAUGAGUGAAGAAAUCUUAAUUCCUAGGUAUAUCAUUAAGCAACUUAAGAGAUCUAAGUACAGAGAUGUAUUUAUUACUAACUUCUUUUAAAAUGUUAAGAAUCAUGAAAUGAAGGAUCCCAAUGAUUUUUAUACUUCAAACAAAUAAAAUGUAAACACCAUGAAAAAAAUUAUGAAAAAUAAAUUAGAUUUAAAUGACUAAGUGAGCGAUUAGAUAAAAUAGCUAUUUGAAACAUUCUUUUAAGUAUCUAUUGAGAAUAUUGAAAGAAUAUCUAUAAAUAAGAAAUGGAUAUAUAAUAGAAAUGGUGUUGAGAAACAAAACAAAUAACAUUGUUGUUAUAUUGCUUUAAAAUAAUUUCAUCAGACUAAUUUAGUAGAUAAAAAGAAAUUGCCUGAAGAGGACAUAAAAUCAAUUGAGGAGUUUUUUCUUAACAAAUUACUUGUAGAAGGAAAGUAAAUUGAUAAAUAAUGUAUAGAAAUACAAAAUUAUCAAUAAAAAAAUCAAUCGGGACUUAGAUUAACUGCCACUUAAAUUUAUCACAUCUGCGAAUAAGAGAAUUAUCAAAAAAAGAGUUCACCUUCAAAUGAAGCCCAAAAGCAUGGCGAAGCACAUGAAAAGAUAGCUUUAAAUGAAUAUGCUCGUUUGCAUCCUGAUAUUUAAUUGAAAUAAACAGAUGUUCUGUUCAACAUAUCCUAUCCCUACUUAUGUGGAAAGCCUGACGCUUUAGUUUAUGAUUUGAAUAAUAAUUUAAUAGNGCCCAUUCAUUAAUUCUGUAGUUUUUGA